AUGAAACAUAAGUACCAUGUGCUGAUUUAUAGAAAGAAGAAAACGCAUUUCAGGUUAGACGUGCUGCUGUUUUUCUUCUACGCCUAUUUUCUCCACCUGAUUUUGAAAAAUGAGAAAUUUCAUGCGAAGCCGGGAGAUUAUGAGUACCUAGCCAAAUUGGAAAAUGAGGUGGAAGAAGCAGUUAUGUUUGGCCUCCACGGGGAGGAGCAGCAACAACGCGUUGGGGGGAAUGAAAGGAAAGACAGUAGCCAGUUCACAAGUGGGAAGCACAGUGAACAGGGGGAUGAAAAAGGAUCCAACAGGGAAGGAAAGGAAAACACGUUCAAGCCGAUCAUAAUAGGAAAGUACAAUCUGAUCUACCUAUUCUACAGCAUCGAGUUUGUUAGUUUACUUUUAUUUAUUUUUUUCCACCUGUUAACGUUUCUCCUAUCGCAGUGGAACCUGAGCGUUAACCUGUUCGUUUCGUUUAGUCGCCUAAGCAGCAGCAACAAAGACAAGUACUUGUACAACGUGCAGAACAAAUGCACGCAUGUGUAUAUUAAGCCACGUGUUAAGCGAAGUGACAAAUUGUCAAUAAACAGCAAGGAGAGGUUUAACACGGACUACAAUUUGUACAAGCCGAAAGCAGAGUUAGUUCCACUGAAGAGGGGGAAAAAUUAUAUAUAUUUUUUUUACAAACAUAAGAAAUAUAUUUUCAAUUACGAAACGUUGGAUUUUGAAUCAGUAAAACAUUUUGACAAUUUUAAUUUGUCCUUUUAUCAAAAGUGGAAGGGACUCAUAGAAUACCAAAUGGGGGGUCUCUACGAUGAUGGGAACACCAGCACAACAUUGCAAGGGAUAGAAGAAAAUGUAAAAAAGAUAGAGAAAAGGGGGGGCAAUGUGAACACCCUUUUUUGUCAACUGGAGGGUUUAUAUUUAGAUAAAGGUGGAAGAAGCGGAAUUGACCAACUGGCACAUUGUAACAAAGGGGGAAAUAACAUAUCUGAGGAGGAGAUAGAAGAUGUUUCUCAUUACACUAGGAAGGGAAAGGGAAGCGCAGAAGGGAGCACCACGGUACAAGGAUCGGUUAAGCGUGAUGAAGUUAAAAGUAAAAACAGAGUGCAUCCCACCCAAGGGGGAAGGAAACAAAAUGGACAUCAAACAGACCCUUUUCUUUCCUAUUACAAAAAGAGCAAUUUUGAAAUUCCGUAUGACAUUUUUGUACAUAACAAUUUGGACAAAUAUGGAGAAAAUAUAUACGACAUUCCUUCUCCCUGUUUUAAGAAGCUACUUUAUGAGGCCAUGUUAUCCCCAUUUUUUAUUUUCCAAUUCUUUAGCAUCCUCCUGUGGAUGCUAGACAGCUAUUGGUACUUUGGCAUUUUCUCCAUUUUUAUAUUAGUGAUGCUGGAGAGUCAAUUGAUUAAUAAACGGAUAAGAGAAUUUAAUUUAAUAAACAGUAUGAAAGUCCCUGCACAAAAUGUGUAUGUGUAUAGGAAUUUGCAAUGGAAAGUUAUCAAGUCUAAUAUGCUCCUUCCUGGGGAUAUAUACAUUUUAUCGAAUGAGACUAGUGGUGGGGAUAAUGUGUGUACGUGUGAGACGUUACUGUUGGAGGGAGUUUGCAUUACGGAUGAGUCGAUCCUGACGGGGGAGUCCAUACCUUUGAUUAAGGCAGCUAUUGAUAAGACGGAAGGGGAGGAGUACCUUGAUCACGAUACUAGCGAUAAUGAUACCUGUGCUGAUUGGGAAGAUGGAGGAGACCCCACGAUGGGAAUAUCACCCGUCGGAGGAACGAAAGGAAGCUCCAUUUUUACGAACAAAAUUGACAUAAAGAAUAAACAUAAGAAACAUGUGGUGUAUGCCGGGUCGAAGAUUUUACUAACAAAAAAUGAAAACGAUCAAUUUAAUAAUAUGAAGUUACCCAUUAAUGGGUGUAUAGGCAUUGUUCUGAAAAAUGGAUUCACCACUUAUCAGGGAAAAUUAGUGAGGACAAUCAUUAACACAUCGGAGAAGGUGAAUUCAUCAAGCAUAGAUUCGAUUAUCUUCCUUUUCAUCCUUCUGUUAUUUUCAUUAUCGUCAUGCGCGUAUGUAGUUUACAGUGUAUUGCAGUCGACUCAUGAGAGAAAUUUAUACAAAUUGCUUCUGUCCGUUUCGCACAUAAUUACUGCAGUCAUCCCACCAGAGUUUCCCAUAACCUUAUCGUUAGGAGUUACCAUUUCGAUAGUUUAUCUGUACAACUUAAAGAUCUACUGCACGGAACCUUUUAGGUUGCCAUUUUCUGGCAAAUCGAAUAUAUGCGCUUUUGACAAGACGGGAACGCUGACGGAGGACAAUAUGAUAGUUUUGGGUCUUUUCGGGUUUGAUCAAAAUACGGAAAGGAUAAACGAAAUAAAUGAAUCGAUUAUUAGCAAGCAGAGGGUGCCCUUCCUUUCCGUGGCGGUUAUCGCGGGAUGUAAUUCGAUAUGCACCGUUAACAAUAAGCUGCUAGGGGAUCCCCUAGAAAAGAAUUCCUUCGAAAGGUUGAAGUGCAUGAUGAGGAGUCUGGACAAGACGUACGUUCAUACGAAUAAUUAUCCGAAUGGUGCAGCUUCUGCGGCGACAUCUAGUGAGACUACGCAGGACAGUGCAGAAAAGGGGGGGAAAUCCAUGGGCAUUUUUUCGAAAAAGACAUCCAACACGAUGGGUAGCGAAAAGAAAAGCCCAUGUGUGGAGAACUUCCAAAUUUAUAAGAGGUUCUUCUUCUCGUCAGAGUUACAAAGAAUGACGUGCAUCAUUUUGCACGAAGGGUAUGAGGGGGACUGGUACGGGGAAGAGUUCGAGGAGGUCACGGAUGUGGCUACGUGUGCAGGCAGCUUUAACGGGGAGAUCAAUCCUUGUAGUGAAAAUAUGGCCACGCUAGAAGGCCUAAAAAAGAAGAAAAAAAAAAAUGACAGUAUGAAAAACGAACCGGUUAAACAGUACCUGGCUGUUAGUAAGGGAUCCCCAGAAAUGAUGAAAAAAUUUUUAAAAAAAGUUCCCGCAAAUUAUGACGAAAUGUUGAACAGCUUAUCGAUUAAGGGGUACCGUGUGAUAUGUCUAGCUGCCAAUGUGUUGGACAACAAAGUAGUUUCCAAAAAUGUUAAAAGGGAAGACAUAGAGAAGGACUUACAUUUCUGUGGUUUUCUCACGUUCAUAUGCCCAAUUAAGGUGUCCACCCCGAGUUACAUCCUCGAUAUUAAGCAGGCGGGGAUUAAAAACGUGAUGAUAACAGGGGAUAAUGCGUUGACUGCGUGUCAAGUUUCGCAGGACGUUAACAUUGUCCCAUCUAUAAAGGUUAAGGAUAUAUUAAUUUUAAAGCUCAGGGAAGAUUACCCUAUGCACGGGAAGACCACAUCGACCAGAGUGACAAAGGACGGAGAUACAUUUAACCUUUGCGAUCUCGAAGGAGCAAUCGAGCUGAUAAGAAACCUCCCCCUGGAGAAAAAAUCCCAACAAAACGCAGCUGAAAAACUAAUCAAAAUGAUCAAGGAGAAAAAAAACGUGAGCAACGUAGUCUACUUUAUCAAUAGGGAAAAUAAAAAAAUGCUUCCUUUUAUAGAAUGUGAGGAAUACAUAAAAUUGUGCGAACAACUUUUUACCCUCUGCAUUACAGGAGAUAUAAUAGAACAUUUUCUAACGAAGUAUCAGAACGACAUGGGUAUAUUUGACGAACUGAUAAAAAGAGGGGUGAUAUUUUGUAGGGUGUCUCCAAAGAAUAAAGAAAUAAUUAUAAAAACGCUGAACAAGUUAGGGAAUAUUACCAUUAUGUGUGGCGACGGGACGAAUGACAUGGCGGCGUUGAAGGCGGCACAUGUGGGGGUGUCCCUACUGAGCAUAAAAAUAAGUUACAAAAGUGGUAGGCCAGAUGGUGGCGGUGUGAAUAUGGCUACACAGAUGAAUGGAGGACACACGAACGCGCUUUUGGGUGGUACCCAUGUGGGCGGCUACCCUGGCAAUUUCAACGGAGGGACGGUCAGCAACUACGAGCAGCGUUUACGAACUGCCUACGACAAUUUGAACGCGCAAUACAACGCCGCUUCUGCAAGUGGAGCAAGUAACACGGCAAAUGCUAAAUACUACGAACAAAUGAGAUUGUACAAUGAGCGGAAAAGGCAACUGGAGCAGAUGAUGCAAUCCAUGGACGACUCCUUACCGUUGAUCAAAUUGGGAGAAGCAAGCAUAGCAUCUCCAUUUACAUACAAAGGAAACGACAUAAAAUGUGUGAAGGAAAUUAUUUGCUGUGGAAGAUGUGCCUUAUCAAAGGUUAUAAUGAUGUACAAGCUCAUGAUUAUUAAUUCUCUCAUAACGGCUUUUUCUGUUUCUAUUUUGACCCUAGAUGGGGUAAAGUUAAGUGACGCACAGACGACAGUUAUUUCGCUCCUGUACACAUCUCUCAUCGUAUUAAUUUCCAAAACAGCUCCUUUAAAAAACAUAUCAAAUUAUUCGCCACCCAAUUCGUUAUUCAACAUUAGCGUUAUGAGUUCAUUAAUCUCCCAAGUAUUUGUCCAUUUUUCUAUCCUAAUUUAUGGAUGGAAGUUGGCUUGUUCGUACAGAGAACCUAAUUACAUUCCAGACUUAAAAGGAGACUUCUCCCCAAAUCUGGUGAACACCUGUAUUUAUUACCUCAUUUAUUCCAUCAACUUAUCCAUUUUUUCAUGUAACUAUGAAGGGUUACCUUUUAUGACCCCCAUUCAUAAGAAUAAAGAAAUCGUGUACAUUUUUGCUGUAAAUUUUAUUUUCCUGUUUGCUCUCGUUAUGAAUAUUGUUCCCUACUUGAAUCACUUCUUCUCUCUUGUCUCCUUUCCAAAUGCGCACCUCCAGUUUGUCUUCUUAUUUUUAAUGUUUUUGGAUGUCGUCGCGCCGUACCUCAUUUGCAGUUUCAUCCGGCGCGCCAGGCUCUACGCGUUCGAGCGUUUCGGAGUCAGUUUGUGA